ACCCUCUUGUCUCAGACUCCCCAUCCCCUGGGAUUAUAGGCAUGUGCCACCACGCCGGGCCCCUCACUGCCUUUAUUCUGUCUCACAGAAGUGGAUGUUUGUUCAGAGUGUUCACCUCAGGUCAACAUGAGCUUGACUCCAGGCUUUUCCAGGGGAGUUUUGAGGGCACAGAGUGACCACUAAUAAGACCAUCCAACUGAGAUUUCUGCAGGCCUCACAGAGAUGGACCAGUCCCUCCUGUUAUGGUUAGGGGUCCAGGGUUGGGCUUGCAGUCUUCACUCCAGUCACAGAGCAGAUGAGGCCCAGGCAGAGCUGGGAGUCCUGGUGAUGUGCAUGCUGGGAGUGUAUGCCAAGGGCCCAACUCAGCAGAACAGUGUACCUAGCCCACAGGCCUAGGUCAGCCCUGGGGCCUUGUGCUCUGCAAGCCAGCCUCACCUGAGAAGCUGUUUCACUUCCUGCCUCGGUUUCUCAAGGAGUCAGGCCCACGCGAAGGACAGGAGCCUGAGUAGCCCUAGAUCACCACCUUAGCAGAUGACUGGUUGGGCCCUUGUGAGCACCAAGAAGGGCGUGGUUCUCAGUUGGCUGGAUCCCUUUCUUUCCCAGGACUGAUCGCCUGCCCACUGUCUUGCCUGCUGUGCCCAAGGAAAGCCAUGUCCUCUCACGGUCAGAAGCGCCAGCACCACAAGGACAAAGGAGAACCUAAGGCCCAAAGGGAGGCACCAAGCCUCAAUGGUGUGCAGGUUCUCAGGCCUGAGGAGGAGGGGUCCUCCUCUGCCUGCAUCUCCUCCAGGUCCACACCUACCCUUAGCAAGGUGCCUUGUCCUGAGCCACUGAUUUGUGCACAGGUGCCUGAGAGAUCUUCCGCUCUCUCUGUUGCCACGGCCCCCACUCCGGGCCUCCCGUUCUUCCACCUCUCCAGCAGCCAAGAAGCAGAAGGUCGGUUCUCCUGGAAGAACCUGAAAGGCCAUAGGUCCUUGUUGGGAGACCCAUUGGAUGAGAAGAUGGCUGACCUGGUGCAGUUCCUGCUUCUCAAGUAUCGAAUGAAGGAGCUGACCACCAAGGCCGAAAUGCUGAGUAGCGUCAUCAAAAAUAACCAGGAGGACUUCCCUGUGGUCUUCAGUGUGGCCUCUGAGUGCAUGCACCUGGUCUUUGGUAUUCAUGUUGAGGAGGUGGACCCCUCCAACCACUCCUAUGCUGUUGUUAAUGCUUUGGGCCUCACCUAUGAUGGGAUGCAGGGCGAUGACCAGAGCAUGCCCAAGACGGGCCUUCUGGUAAUCAUCCUGUGCAUCAUCUUCAUGGUGGGGGACCGUGCCUGUGAGCAAGAUGUCUGGGAAAUGCUGAGUGUGAUGGGGGUGUAUCCUGAGAGGGAACACUUCAUCUACGGGGAGCCUAGAAAGCUCAUCACUGAAGAUUUGGUGCAGGAACAGUACCUGGAGUAUCGACGGGUGCCUGGGAGUGAUCCUGCUUGCUAUGAGUUCCUUUGGGGUCCAAGAGCACGUGCUGAAACCAGCAAGAUGAAAGUCCUGGAGUACUGGACCCAGGUCCAUGGGAGUGACCCUAGGUCCUACCCUUUCCUGUAUGAAAAGGCUUUGAGAGAUGAGGCAGAGUGUGCCAAAGUAUCAAAUGUAGCCAGGGCCACUAGGGUGCCCAGGGGACGGCCCAGGUCCAGGAAACACGGUCUCAUCAGUCUCCCUGGGCAGAAGAAGACCUGGAGGCUGACUGGCGGGGGACUUCUGACAGGAGAAGCUGGUUAG